GAACUCAGGGCCUCAUGCUUGCUAGGCAGGUGCUCUACCACUCCAGCCACACCUCCAUCAUGAACUCAUUGAGUAAUGGUGCUUAUUGAGUAAAAACGUGAGGCCUUUCAGUGUAGUCCCACCCAUUUUAUUUUUUUAAAAGUUGAUGGGCCAAAUUUCUGACUCCCAGGGUUCUUGUUUAUAAGAAAUCUCACUUGUUUUUCCCUGCCUGGUAUUGUCAUGUCCCUUAAAAGCCUAGCAUUCUCUCUCUAUUUCAACAGUCAGUGAAAGCAGUCCAAUGGGUGAAGAUCUUCAGAAAGAAGACUGUAGAGAAAAGUCUUCAAAGGGUGAUGCAGUGGACUAUCCCUUGGUCUCUGAACAACUUUCAGGUUGCCAUGAAGAAAGAUUAAAUAUACCUGUUCCUCAGCAAAGGAAAAUGAGAAAUCUUUUGGUUACAAUUGAAAAUGAUACUCCACUAGAGGAGCUCUCAAAAUAUGUGGACACCAGUAUUAUUGCCCUUACUCGAAGUCAGAGAACAAGGAGGUGGUACACUUGUCCACAGUGUGGGAAACAGUUUAAUGAAAGUUCUUACCUUAUUUCUCACCAAAGGACUCACACUGGUGAGAAACCCUAUGACUGUAGCCACUGUGGGAAAAGCUUCAAUCAUAAAACAAACCUCAACAAACAUGAACGAAUCCACACAGGAGAGAAGCCUUAUUCCUGUUCUCAGUGUGGAAAAAAUUUCCGUCAGAAUUCUCAUCGGAGUCGCCAUGAAGUAAUCCAUGUAAGGGAAAGGAUAUUUAAGUGUCCAGAAUGUGGGAAAACCUUCCCAAAAAAUGAAGAAUUUUUGCUUCAUCUGCAGAGUCAUGAGGCUGAGAGACCAUAUAGUUGCAAAAAUUGUGGGAGAAGAUUUGGUCGCCUGUCAAACUGUACCCGACAUGAGAGAACCCACUCAGCAUGUAAGACCCAAAAACAGUAGAAUCAGGGAAAGUCCUGCCUCAGUCUGAGACGUUUUCUAAGGAAUUCUGAAUUUGAAGGUUGCCUAAAAAGAUACACAUACGUGAAAACUUCAUUGCAGCCAAAUUUGGCUGAAAACUCAAAUUCUUAGAAAAUUCCCAGGAAUGGAAGCUUCCUCAGGGGCUGUUGUCCCGUGAGUGGUCAGGCUUUCUGGGCUGAGGAGCUUUCGUUGUGAAGCUGUGUGACAGUGGAUCCCCUUCCCGAGCAAGAUAAUGAGUUUGAAUGAGUCUCUGCGCUAUUUACCUGCAAGGUGAGCAGAGCGACCUUUAUUGAAAGCUUCAUUCCCCAUACAUGAGAACUCACACCUGAGAUAAAGACAUAAUGGAAGAUCCUUUUCUGGGACUGUGCUCCCUUGAUUGAACCAAACUACCAACUUACUCAGCCAAUGGCUUCUAAUAGCAAUUCAUGUAACCCUCUCAGGAUACUUGAGUGUUUGUUUACUCUGGAACGUAGGAAAACUGCAGCAUUUGAAUGUCAAAGACUGACUCUCAUUUGUAUGGGAUCUAAAGUAACUAGGAAUUUCAAUAACAUUUGCAAUUUGUAAAAACUGACUAUUUCACAGAAAUCCUUUUCACAAUAUAAUUUUAAAGUGUCUACUGUUCUUUCUGUAUUUUACCAGCUGUUAGUCUCUCAAACAGCUGUCUAGUGCCUCUCCUUUGCCAAAAGGAGCGUGUGUCACUCAGGUCUGCUGUCUGGUCCUCUAGUGGGAAACUUCAGAAUCUUGUACUUCUCCUGAGCCAAGAUUUCACCUGCCAGGACAGAAACACCAUGGGCUUGAAGAAGAGGGAAAGACCUGUAGGUGGGGAGAAGUCAGCUUGGAUCCAUGGCUAGUAGAUAAACUUCUGUAUUGAUUCAAUUACUUUUUACUCAGUCAUUAGACUUUACCAAUGGGAUGGUCACUACCUCAGAAAGCAGCUUUUACAAAUGAUGUCUCCCGUAGUUAGCUUGUGUUGCUCUUCGACAGACAGAAUUCAAGUGUCUGCUGGAGUGGACGUUUGUCUUCGCUCUCCUGUGCUUACUGUCUAUGGGCCAGGGUGGCCUUCACUGGACGAUCCCAUGGUGCAGUUAGGGACUCUUGGUUAGUUUUGCUUGAUUUGCAUUUUGACUGGAAUGGGGGCAUCCUAUGUGUUAUUUGGAAAAAUCCAUUCACUUCCACAGAUUUCGUUUACCAUCUAGAAA